GCGCCUGACGGUGCAGCAUGGCGGCGGCGGGUCCCUCGCAGCCUCAGGCCGGGGCCGCCGCCGCUGUACCCGCUGCUUCCACGGUGGCGACGGAAGAGUCGUCGGAUAGCGAGCCUGAGCAGGAGCCCGGCUCCCCGCAGAAACUUAUUCGCAAGGUGUCCACGUCUGGCCAGAUCCGCCAGAAGACGGUCAUAAAAGAGGGCAUGCUGAUGAAACAGACAAGCUCAUUCCAGCGCUGGAAGAGACGAUACUUCAAGUUGCGAGGGCGCACUCUGUACUACGCAAAAACAGCAAAGUCAAUCAUUUUUGAUGAGGUGGAUUUGACAGACGCCAGCGUGGCAGAAUCCAGCACUAAAAAUGUCAACAACAGCUUCACGGUUAUUACUCCAUGUCGGAAGCUUAUCCUGUGUGCUGACAACAGAAAAGAAAUGGAAGACUGGAUUGCAGUACUGAAGACUGUACAAAAUCGGGAACAUUUUGAAUCUACCCAGUAUAGUAUGGACCAUUUCUCAGGGAUGCAUAACUGGUACGCCUGUUCACAUGCCCGGCCAACAUACUGCAAUGUGUGUCGAGAGGCAUUAUCUGGGGUUACGUCUCAUGGACUGUCCUGUGAAGUGUGCAAAUUUAAAGCCCACAAGCGAUGUGCUGUACGGGCAACCAACAACUGCAAAUGGACAACGCUAGCAUCUAUUGGAAAGGAUAUCAUUGAGGAUGAAGAUGGGAUUUCAAUGCCACACCAAUGGCUUGAAGGAAAUCUCCCUGUGAGUGCCAAAUGCACAGUUUGUGAUAAAACUUGUGGCAGUGUUCUGCGCUUGCAAGACUGGCGUUGCCUCUGGUGCAAAGCCAUGGUACACACCUCAUGUAGAGAGUUGUUACCAACCAAGUGCCCACUUGGACUGUGUAAGGUGUCUGUCAUCCCCCCUACUGCUCUCAACAGCAUUGAUUCAGAUGGUUUCUGGAAAGCCACUUGUCCCCCUUCUUGCACAAGUCCUUUGCUGGUCUUUGUCAACUCAAAAAGCGGAGACAACCAGGGUGUAAAAUUUCUACGAAGAUUCAAACAACUGCUGAAUCCUGCACAGGUUUUUGAUCUCAUGAAUGGAGGACCUCACCUCGGUUUACGUUUAUUCCAGAAGUUCGACACAUUCCGAAUUCUGGUGUGUGGUGGGGAUGGAAGCGUUGGGUGGGUUCUCUCUGAAAUUGACAGCCUCAGUCUCCACAAGCAGUGUCAGUUGGGAGUAUUACCUCUUGGCACAGGCAAUGACCUUGCUCGUGUUCUGGGCUGGGGAUCUGCUUGUGAUGAUGACACCCAACUCCCACAGAUACUGGAAAAGCUUGAAAGAGCCAGUACCAAAAUGCUUGACAGGUGGAGCAUCAUGGUGUAUGAAACAAAACUCACUCGUCAAGCAUCUGCUUCUACAGUUGCUGAAGAUUUCAGUGAAGACUCUGAGGUGCAGCAGAUUCUCUUCUAUGAAGAUUCUGUAGCUGCUCAUUUAUCCAAAAUCUUGACAUCUGACCAACAUUCAGUGGUCAUCUCAUCAGCUAAGGUUCUCUGUGAGACUGUGAAAGAUUUUGUGGCUCGGGUAGGGAAGGCCUACGAGAAAGCAACGGAAAGUUCUGAGGAGUCAGAAGUUAUGGCCAGAAAGUGUUCUGUUUUGAAAGAGAAGCUGGACUCCCUUUUGAAGACUUUGAAUGAAGAAUCUCAAGCGUCAACUUCUCUACCAAACCCACCUCCUACCAUUGCUGAAGAGUCAGAAGAUGGUGAAGGUACUGGCAGUGUCUGUGAUUCCUCUAGUGAACGUUCCAUGGGAUCAUCAUGCACUGCCCGUCCUCAAAUAUUCAGGCCACGUGAGCAGUUAAUGCUGAGAGCAAAUAGUCUGAAAAAAGCCAUUCGUCAGAUUAUAGAACAUGCGGAAAAAGCUGUAGAUGAACAGAAUGCUCAAACCCAAGAACAACAGAGUUUUAUCCUGGGCCUCUCCACCUCUGAAGAAGGGAAGGAGCUGAGAAAUGAGAAUAAAAUCUCUUUGCAGUCUCCACACGCUGGCAACUAUGGAUUUCCAAAAGGGAGGAGCCAUCGGAAAGUGAUCAAGUCUCCUUGUGAAAGAUUAAUAAGUAAAGGAGGUUUAUCAGUGGGAAGCUCUGCCUCUCUUCCUGUCCAGGCAGGUACCCGGGACAAUCUGCCAAUGCUGAAUGCAAAGAUCCUCUACCCCAAUAUUCGUGCUGGAGCAUCUGGCUCUUUACCUGGAGGAUCUGUCAUCAGCCGGUUGUUGAUCAAUGCAGAUCCAUUUAACUCUGAACCUGAAAAUCUUGACUGUUAUGUGGAGAAAUGUGUAAUGAACAAUUACUUUGGAAUUGGAUUGGAUGCAAAAAUCUCUUUGGACUUCAACAACAAGCGUGAUGAACAUCCAGAAAAGUGCAGAAGUCGUACAAAGAACAUGAUGUGGUAUGGUGUACUUGGGACUAAGGAGUUGCUUCACAGAACUUACAAGAACUUGGAACAGAAAGUUUUGCUAGAGUGUGAUGGGCGCCCAAUCCCUUUGCCUAGUCUUCAAGGAAUUGCUGUCCUCAACAUCCCCAGUUACGCUGGAGGGACCAACUUCUGGGGAGGCACCAAAGAAGAUGAUACGUUUACAGCUCCAUCUUUUGAUGACAAGAUUCUUGAAGUGGUAGCAGUGUUUGGUAGUAUGCAAAUGGCCGUCUCGCGUGUAAUUAACCUUCAGCAUCAUCGGAUUGCUCAGUGCCGGACAGUGAAGAUUGCAAUCCUGGGAGAUGAGGGAGUCCCUGUGCAAGUUGAUGGGGAGGCCUGGAUCCAACCACCAGGAUAUAUUUGGAUCGUGCAUAAAAACAGAGCACAGACAUUAACCCGUGAUAGGGCAUUUGAGAACACCCUGAAGUCCUGGGAGGACAAACAAAAAUGUGAGCUGCCCAGACCUCCCUCUUUCUCACUGCACCCAGAAACUAUAUCUGAAGAAGAGUCUACUCAGAUCAAUCAGUUCUGCCGAGCAGCAGGAGCUCUAAUUCACAGCAUUCGAGAAAUAGCUCAGUCAUACCAGGACAUGGAACAAGAACUUGCUCACUCGGUCAAUGCUAGUUCCAAAUCUAUGGACCAAGUGUAUGCCAGAUCCAAGUCUGCAGAGGGCCUAAAUUGCAACCUCGUCGUGGAAAUGAUGAAUAAUGUUAAAGCCUUGCAUAAUGAGACAGAACUCCUCCUGGCUGGCAAAAUGGCUCUGCAGCUGGAUCUUCCACAGAAAGAACAGCUUCUAGCAGCCCUGACAGAAAUGGAUUUUCAUAUGAGGAAGUUAGCAGAUAUUCCUUGGCUGUGGCAGUUCAUGGAGCCCAGUGAUGAAGAGAACCAGAUGUUGGACUAUUCAAAACGUAGUCGGAGUGGCAAAUUUCGUCUGGUGACAAAGUUUAAAAAGGAAAAGAACAACAAAAACAAGGAGACUCAUAGUAGUCUGGGAUUGCCGGUUCACCUCUGGGGAACGGAGGAGGUUGCGGCCUGGCUUGAGCAUCUGAGUCUUUGUGAGUAUAAGGAUAUCUUCAUCCGGCAUGACAUCCGGGGCUCUGAGCUCCUGCAUCUCGAACGGAGAGACCUCAAGGAUCUCGGGGUGACCAAAGUGGGCCAUAUGAAGAGGAUAUUGCAUGGGAUCAAGGAACUGAGCAGGAGUAUUCCUGUCGGCGAGGCUUGACUUCUGCUUUCAGAGCCUGCAUCUACCACUCCCGCUGACGUCUGCAAAACGAACACUUCAAAAAGCAGAUUUUCUUAGAAUUGUUUGUAUGGACCAGCCAAACACCAGUGUUCAGAGCUCGUAUCUAACAUCAUGGUGCUACCUUUCCGUUGUGAGGUACACCACUAUCCAAUCAAGUGGCACCUUGCAUUCCAAAGCCAGUGUUACUUCGCCAUCAUCAGCCACCACGUCCCUACCUUUACACUGGAAUGGGGACACGCCAUGCAUGCUAUACUCCUUCCAGCCCGUCCCAAUAAAAACAGCCCGAAGGUCAGCCAAUUUUGUACCCAGGUGAACAUCCCAGAAGCCAAUAUUUUAAAUUAUCUUACAUUCUGAGUACUGUGCCAAAUACCAAGAGAGAUGAAAGCACCUGUUAUGACACACACGGACACAAGACCAUAGAAAUAGGCUCUUGGGAUGAAAAGGGGGGCUUGUAAGAAAACUCCAUGAGCAUUAUAAAGGAUUACAUUCACCAAAUUGUGUUUAUACACAGUCUUUGUAUGAAGCCCAACGUGAUUGACAUUAGAAACUGAUUCUUUUCCAUUAGCACCUUUUCUGUGAGUCAGAGAUUUAAUUGAGGAAUCUUUUUCCCCCUCUCCAAGGAUAUGAGUCCGUCACUAAGUCUAAAACUGUGUCAUCUUCUUGUUUGUAAUGGUGGUAGAUGGUAGAGGAAUGGGACUACAUGUUAUUCUGAGGGCUUGCACCAAAUGCUUAGAACAUCAAGUGCCUAAAAUAUUGAAACCUGCCAGAAGUGCAUCCAGGGUAGAAGAAUUUUCUGAUUCCCGUUGACAUUUGGGUUUUUCAAUGCAUAGACUCUGAUUCUAACAAGUAAAAGAAAAAAGGUGAAUAACAUUGGCAUUUCUAAAAACACUUCUGGAAGAGAAUCUACUGUUGGAGCUUGGAUCUUUCUGUGCAUAGGUUUGGCAGGGUAUAAAUACUUAUUUUCUUUCAGUGGCCGUUUCCCAAAUUUUAUGAAGCCAGAGCAUCAUUGCUGGAGACAUACGCACUUUUUUCUCUGUUUUAAGAGAACCUUGGCCAAAUUCCUUAUUUGUGUAAAUUUUCUGAAUUCUUCAAUAUUUGUUCUGGUUGAAAAUUACCCUUUAGAAUUGAGUCUAGUAUUGUUUCCUUCUUCUUUUACAAUAGAAGAUGACAUGGUCUUAUUUAUGAAAAGCCAUAGUUGAAUCUGUAAUAUACAUUUUUAAUGUAUAGAUCAGAAAAACUCCUUAAAUCUUAGCCCAGCAUCUCUGGCUCUGUGCCGUUAUCACUGUGUGCAGAUAUAUUUAGCCUUAAAGGUACAGAUUUCUGUUGUUUUUUGGGAUUCCCUGCACACAGUGGAGGAUUGCAUAUUUCAGGGUACAUGUUAUUGAACUAGGUUGCUUACCCAUCAUAUGUUCAUUUAUUAGGAUGUUAAUAAAGAUCUGUGCAAGACUUGACCAUAAGCCAUCAUUAAAUAGAAGAUAGCAAAUAUUAUUCCUGCACUUUAUAAUUGGUGAAAACCAUAAAGCAGCCUCUCCUAUUUCCUGGUAAACACCUCAGGGAAAAGAAUCACUGUGUAAUAACUUUGGAGAAAGAUAUUGUGUGGGGGGAGAUAUUCCUAAUCCUUUAAUUGUGUAAAUACUGCAAGGCUUGCUCUUGUGCAUCUCCAAAAAUCUUGUGUGGAAUAUAAUUUUUUUUCAUGAUUGGUCUUGCCCUAAGAAGGAGUAGUUUAGCUAUACUCCUCCAACUCAAAUGCAUAGGAGAUUGUGAUUUUAAACUGAACACCUUUGGAUUCAUAACAAGCUGAUUUAGGCCUAAGGCACAACCUAAAAAGCCUCUGCACACGACAUAUAUUGUAAAAAGAUGUCAAUACAACAUUGUAGCAAAGUGAGCAUCUAGCUGCCAUUGGAGUCAUGUCUCUGAUAUCUAGUAAUAUCACUGAAAAAUGUCUGCUGCUAAGUAAAGGUCAUUAAAACAAUGGUUGACAAAGGCUUGUCCAUAGCAAGCUAGACAUUGUACCUUGGGGACUGUAGAAUUUCAAGCAUAUCUUUUAUGAUUUUUAUAAAAGAUGGAAUCUAAUGCAUUAAGCGGCCCUGCUUCCUGGACACCAGUCAUUUUAUGCCUUUGUAAUAUUUGAGUUGGGAAAAGAACAGUGUUGUUCUUGGGGGAAAAUAAUUCAAUUUUGAAUGUCUUGUGCCCUUUUUUGCAUGGCACUACAUUGGAAUAUUACCUGCCAAUAUCUUUUGUUGGGUCCAUUUCAUUCAUUGGAGGUGUAUUCUUUGUAAGUAAAAUAAAUUUAUCCAAGAAAGUAUAAUCCUAAACAACUUUGGAAAGAAUAGCAUGAUCUAGUGUGAGUGUGUGUGUGUGUCUUACAUCUGAAAUGGUUCUUUGGUGCCCAAAAUAUCCACUUUCAAUUCAGUGCAGCUAUAAGACACGUACAUAAAUGUGCCAUGCAGUCAUAUGCAUGUUUAUAGUUGGAAGUAUUUUCCACUGAAUUAGUUGGUGCUUCCUCCCAAGUAAGACUGCUUAGGAUUGCAGCCAAAGUUACUUAUGUUCCAUUCUAGUGAGUAUUUUCACCUUGCUAGUCUGUGGAUGCUUAAGAAGUAAAAAUGCCACUAGCUCUUGCAUCUCUGACAGGAACUGUAAAGAGGCAUUGUGCCAGUAUCUUGAAAAACUGACCAUCUGUAUCAUACUGAAAUGUUUGAGCAUUGUUUAAAAAUUAAUAUAGUAUGAGUGAUAAUUGAAGGACUGUUUACACAAAGUUCCUUGUAUCUUGAUGGAUGUGUGAUGUGGAAAAAGGAAAGCAAGAAAAUUAUUUUAUAAGUGAUUUGAUGUCUGUAUUGUUGCCCACCAAAGGCUGUUCCUCAGGGGUGUUGUAGCCAUUCUGGAAAUCUGGUAAAAGCGUAGGGAAGCAUGUCAGUCCUGUACAGUCUACAGAAGAAGGUUGUGUGCCUUAAGAAUGGGACCUGUUAUUUAUUAUUUUAAUUUAUACAGUGAUUACUAUGGAAACACCUCUUGUAUGUAAAUAUUUUGCAAUUGAUUGGUGUAAAUACAUCGUUCUUGUAUAUAAAGAAAAUCUGUUUCUGA